AUGUUUGAAGCGACCGUCGCCACCUCCACUUCUUCCUUCUCUAUUAUCUCUGGUUCCUCCAAAGCCUGUUCUUCCUCGUCCAUCUCGUCCAUCUCGUCCACCUCUUCUUCCUUCACCAUCUCGUCCUCCUCUUCUAACUUCACCAUCACCUCCACCUCUUGGCUUCGAUGUAUAGUUGUUGUUGUUGGAGUAUGUUGA